AUGAGUAAAUCGCUCGUGGCAGCAACAAGCGGUGCCCUUGCCGCCUGCGCUUCCACUGUCGCUGUUUUCCCGCUGGACACAUUGCUCGUGCAUCAUCAGGCCUCGGUGUCAAAACAGCCGAGGACGUUGUUGCAGCACCAACAGAAGCGGCAUCGGAGUGUGUUGCAAGCACUCAUAGAUGCGCUGCAGGAGUUGUUGCAGCAAGAAGAUGCAGCCUCCGUCGCGGGUUCUACCCCGAAGACGCGUCGGCACAAAAGCACACUUACUGACCUCGUCAACCGUAUCAGCCGCCUGUACAGUGGCCUUGGUAUCAAAUUAGCCGAGCAGGUUGCACGGAAUUUCGUCUACUUUUACUUCCGAGCAGCAAAACGCUUCGGCUCAUUAGGAACGGCUGGAACCUUGUUGAUGGCUGUUCUUGCGGCACUGGGAACGCAGCUUUUGACGGCUCCUCUUGAUGUUACCAGCACGCAUGCGCAGCUUUGCAGAUUACCGCUGCGCACGAUCUUCCUUAGAAUCCUCCGCACCGAAGGGGAUGCCUCCACGGUUGCAGCCACUGCUGACGCUGCUGCUGCUGAUGCAGCCACUGCUGAUGCAGCCACUGCUGAUGCUGCUGCUUUGCUGCAUGUGCUGCAUUGCGGUGUGUCUGUCGCGACAGGCCCGUGGGGCUUUUAUCGUGGGUUUGGAGCUGCGCUGUGCCUCUGUGCAAAUCCUGCCAUCACCAACGCAACUUUUGACAGCCUAAAGCUGUGGCUGCAGAUGGUCAAUUUGCUAAGGUCUCGUCGUUUUAUGGAUCCGAUCACGGAUGAUGAUACACCUGUUGAGCGCUUCGGAGUGCUGCUGCAAGCUCGCCUUUUGGAGAGAGGCGCAAAAAUGCAUGGCAGCUCAGACAGUUGCCAACAAGAACACCAAGAAUUGGCUCUAAUAUCGGGAGGCACUGGCUCGUCUUCUACGCCUUGGCAUGGGCAGCAGCAGCAGCAAACAAAAGUGCCCCGUGCGCUGUCUGUACAGUCGGCGCUGGAUAGGGAGUUGCAGGUGCAACUGAUUGCUGCAGCACCGACCUCGGCAUACAUCUGUUCAGACAAUUUGCGAAAGCCGGCAUCCUUUUGUCUCUCCGAUUGCAGAGGUGUUAGUAUGCCUUGUGCAAGGCGAGAAUAUGCGGCCUCUAAAGUCUCUCACGGGGCCCCCUACACACCCCCCGCAGUGGGCUGUGAAUGGGGGAGAAAGCCUCGCACUGGCUGGCACUUUUCUCGAGUUUCUCUCCUCCCUGCCACGACUUGCGACGGCAACACGCAGUAG